AUGGAAGGGCUGGACGUGUACCAGCACUACCGCUUGAACCCUACAGAUGUGGACGCCGUGACUUACUACCUGCCACGCCUCAUCGCCGGCCAGACGCUGCACGGCGCCGAUAAAUUCAUCCACCACGUCGACAUCUACAGCUGCGAGCCCAAGGAUCUGGCCGCCCGGAUUGCGCCCGUGCCGCAGGCCACCAGCAGCGGCGACCGCUUCUUCUUCACCACGCGCAAGAGCAAGAACGGAAGCAAAACCCAGAGCGUGCGCACCGCCGGCGGCGGCACCUGGACCGUCAACGCUACCACGGCCGUCAAACACGCCGGAGUCGAGGUCGGCGAGAGGAAGAACCUGUCGUUCAGGAAGAAGGGCAAGUCCACCGGUUGGGUCAUGGAGGAGUACAAAUGCUUGCUGCCAGAGGCCGUCGUCGCCGACGGGGUGAAGGUGUUCUGCAAGAUCCACUUGGCUCAGCAUCCUCCUGACGCGGCCCGCCAGGAAUCAGCCGCGUACAAGCAUCAAGCAGAACGGCAACCAGAGGCCGUGACUGCGAGCAUGCACGCACAGAUGAGGCCAGCAAUAGCUCCCGCCGCCGAUCCUCAUCCGCCGCGCCCCAACAAGAGGAUGCGAGGAGCAGUCCCUGUCCCCGCACCUGCCCCACCGUCGUUCUUGACGUAUGAUGAGGCAGCGAGUGCAAUGUAUGGCCCGCUGGCUCGUACCAUCUUCCCUGUUCAAGAUGCUCUGGAUAUACCAGCGUCAAUCGAAGGUCCUUCAGCAUCAUGCGAGUCCACUACAACAUCCAACCACUCCGGCGUUGCUUCUUCCUCAGAUAAUAUGCAGCGACAAGCUCAAGCUACUGAGAUUUCCUCCCAGUCAGAUGUGCUGGAGUCUGUCAAGAAUUACAGCCAACAACAGAUGAUUGUUCCUGAGGCUGGCUCAAGCAUUGCAAGGAGCACAUAUGAAGAGGAUGUCUUUCAGCCAUUGGAGCCUCUUUCCGAUUUGCCGGGUGGGGAGGCAGAUGGUUUUGACAUUGAAGAACUAAUGAGAAUGAUGGAAGACGACCCAAUUGAGGUUGAGACGGUCACUGGAGCCAACACUGGCGUGGAGAUGGGCCAACAGGAACCUCUGUACCUGGAUACCUUGGACCAAGGCAUGCUGGAGGACAUGCUGCAGUCCGAUUGCCCUUACCCAAUGUCGGGAUCAGAGGAUCGGGCCAUGCACAACCCUGCCUUCCAUGAUGCUGACAAAGAGAAGAGGUACAAUGCCGCGUCGGAUCUUGACGCUCCAUCGCUUCAGGGACACGACCACUCGUUCAAACCACAGCCGUGCUCCUUCGAUCCAUUUGAAGCAGCGUGGAAGGCCGAAGAGGCGCUCGAGAAGGAGAAGAGGGACAAUCUUCACGCUGGAUCGCUUGGAGGACACAACAACUUCUUCUCGUCUGCAAGUGUCCAUUAA